GUGCUGUCAUCCCACUCCUUCCUGCUCCUGCCCCACCCACGCACUGGUCCUGGCAGAGAGCUGUGUGUGCUGCGUGCCGAGAUCCAGGGCCUCCUGUGCUACAUCGGGACCAGGACAGAACGGGAGAUUGUCCCUGUUUGAAGGAGACUACAGCUGCUAUGGGAUCUGUCAUGAACAUGUUCAGGAAGGAUGUUAUUGAAAGCAAAAUCCUCUUCAACCAUGCUAAAGAGCAACUGCUGUGGUGAAAAAGGAACAGAUAAGCUGUGUGUUUGCUAUCUUCUGAGCCAGCAGUAAAAACUCUUUUGUAUGAGAACUACUGAAUCACGGCCUGAACCUCUGAUAGAUCACCUGAGACCCAUUUAAGAGCUGACUGCCAGCGAGAAAGGAUCCUUCCUCUGGCGUUUUGCAGCGAGCCCAGGAUAUGGAUAUGACAAACAAGGGUGCAACUGCUCUGCAGCAGAAGCUAUUUUAUGGGAGAACAGAGCUGGGUCCUGCUGUAGAGCUGCAAUUCUCAGGACUGUAGGCAAUGUCUGUGUGCAGCAGGUCCUAGACGAGAGAAGUCAUCAGGGGUUUUACCGUUUGCAAGGAUUUGGGAACGCAAGGAAGGAUGUCCAAUGAACUCGAUUUUAGAUCUGUGCGUCUGAUGAAGAAUGACACCAUGAACUUCCAGAAGUUCUCCUACACUAAUGAAGAUGAAGCCUGGAAAACCUACCUGGAGAACCCCCUGACCGCAGCAACUAAGGCCAUGAUGAGGGUGAAUGGAGAUGAUGACAGUGUGGCUGCCCUGAGCCUCCUCUAUGACUACUAUAUGGUCCCAAAGGAGAAGAGGAUUCUUCCAUCGGGUAUGAUGGGACGUAAUGAACUAGGAAAGAGGCAGUGCCACGGAAUGGAGUAUGACUCAGAUAUCACAUCCUUUGACGGCUCAGCCCAUCUCAUGAAGCUCUUGUCUGAAAACACUUCCAUGACCCAAGAAUAUUGUGAACCACAGAAGAAGAAUGGCUUAAGUCUUGAAGGCAUCCCUACUCCUCACAAGCCAGCCAUGCUUCCACCAGGAACCAGCAAACUGGAUGCCACCCCAAACACCUACAUGGUCCCUCCAGGGGACUUGUACGACAAUAGCUCAUUGAACUCCCUCUUUGAGACCAACCCCGUGGCCACACCACAGCAGAGGUGGCAGCCAGACAGCACGUUCAAAGAGGAUCCUCAGGAGUCACUACUCUUCAGCGAUAUCCUCAAGCCCCAGCCAGAGCCACCCUGCUCCGAGAGUUAUCUUACAGGUGGUGUUAAGAGUGACUUUGAAUACACCCUGGGGUCGCCCAAAGCCAUUCAUAUAAAAUCUGGGGACUCUCCCAUGGCCUACCUCAACAAAGGACAGUUCUACCCCAUCACACUGCGGACAGCUGGAGACAGCAAAUGUUUACACUUGUCCUCAAAUAAAGUGAAGAGUGUUGUGAUGAUUGUUUUUGACAAUGAGAAGAUCCCGACAGAGCAGCUCAAGUUCUGGAAGCACUGGCAUUCUCGCCAGCCCACAGCCAAGCAGAGAGUCAUUGAUGUUGCUGACUGUAAAGAAAACUUCAACACAGUUCAGAAUAUCGAGGAGUUGGCCUACAAUGCGCUGUCCUUUGUGUGGAACAUCCACGAAGAAGCAAAGGUGUUUAUUGGGGUGAAUUGCCUGAGCACUGACUUCUCCUCUCAGAAAGGAGUGAAAGGUGUCCCACUGAACCUCCAGAUUGACACUUACGACUAUGGCAAUGGGACCAAUCAGCUGGUGCACCGUGCUGUCUGCCAAAUCAAGAUAUUCUGUGAUAAGGGAGCAGAGAGGAAAAUGAGGGAUGAUGAACGGAAACAGUUCAGAAGGAAAGGAAAAUGCCUGGACUCCAAUAACAAUGGUCUGAAAGGCUGUGUGCUGUCUGGCUUCAGAGGGAAUGAGAUCACACUCCUGAGGUCAGAGACUGACCUUGAAACCCAGCCAGUCCUGUUCAUCCCCAAUCUCCAUUUUUCAAACCAGCAGAGAUGUGGCACGGCUCUUACUCCUGCUGUUCCCAACUCUGCAAACAGGCUGCCCCUAAAGAGGAGUGGGGCCUCAUUCACAGAUGAAUUUGACCCAGCACCUCCAAAGCAAAAGAAGGACGAAGAUCCUCAGAGAGUGCUGUUGUACGUGCGGAGGGAAUCAGAGGAAGUGUUUGAUGCUCUCAUGUUGAAGACACCGGAUCUCCAGGGCCUCAGAAUGGCUAUUUCAGAAAAAUAUGGGCUGCCUGAAGAAAGCAUUUAUAAAGUCUACAAAAAAUGCAAAAGAGGGAUCCUGGUCAACAUGGACAAUAACAUCAUCCAGCACUACAGCAACCAUAUGGCCUUUCUCCUGGACAUGGUGGAAGCGGAGGACAAGAUCCAGGUCAUUCUCAAGGAGCUAUAAGAAGCCGCAGUCAGCACUUACUGGGACUUCUCUACCAACCAGCACGUGACCCAACAGAGCUCAGCCCAGUAUCCCACCUCAUCCCGCCUCUACUUGAAAACUGCCAGUGGGGUGGGGCCUUGCGCUGCUGGGCUGGAGACAGCUGGAAGAUCUGUUACUGAAGUGAACGCAGAACUUCUCUCUAUUGAAUUUAUUAUUUUAUUUUGUUCCCUUCUGGAGACAGGCCUGACCUUCUGUUCAAGCUGGGAAGGUGCAGCUGAGCUAACAUGGCUGCUAGCUCUGGGCAGCAGUGAGGACAGUCUCUGCUCACCAUCUGCCUCAGUCCAAGGCCGAUCCAGCUGUGGGCUCUGGCUUUCUCCCAGCCCAUCAGUCCCACAGAAGCCUCCAACCAUUUCCAGCAGGGCUAAGCCUGGCUCUAAGCUUCUCUGUCUGCAGAGAUUUUCAUAGAUAUGUUUAAAACUCAGUUAAAUGGACAUUGCCUGCUUCCAUGCCCUCCACCACCAUCUCUCUGUAAAUACCACCAAGGCCUCCGUGGCCUCCCGUUUAUACAUUUCUAAUGUAUCGUUCGUUUUAUAUUUUAUAUGUGUAUAAAUAUGCAUUGUUUUAUAUUUGACUCAGUGCAGUGACACAGAGCAUUUCAAACACAGGCUGCUUCACAUUUCUCUGUGAACUCCUUUUGUAACUGUGUUGUUGGUUUUGUUGCUUUGGAUAUUCCAUAGUAAUAAAGGUUCAGAGACAGAAUACAAACUGUUUUAACUUGGCUCUGGAGGUCUGAGUCAGGAAGGGCUGGAGAGAAGCCAGGGCAGGGAGAGAACCUCAGAGGAACAGGAAGGACUCCAUGUGGGUUUUGCACCACAUGUUUUUUAACAGCACAAGAAGUCUGUCAUUCUAAACAGCCUUGGCUCUCUUUGUGCACACAGGUCUGUGCCUGGAUUCCUCUUGAACCCUCCCUUCCCUUCUGCAAGAUGGGCUCUGCUCUCCCUCCUGGUUCUGUUUCAGCAGCUGCUCACGCACUGCUGUGCUACUGAGGGCAGGUGGAGGAAACGGGGUAGUCCUGGACACAUCCUUCUGAUGGAGGAAGGAAGGCUCAAAGGGGUUACGUUUCACAGGUUUGCUAAAAUUUUAAGGAAAAAAAAAAAAAAAAAAAGCCUGGUUAUACUUCUGCUCAUAGGAUCAGCAUCCCACCCUUGAUCCUCUGGGCCAGGCAGUGUUAUGGGUAGCAGCUCUAUACCUUCCUCCACCGGUGUUGUGCUGCCCAAACUCCUCACACCUGCUGCCUCUUAACACCUCUGGGUCUCCUGUGCUAAAAAUAUAUCUGCAGCUGCCUCAGGUUAAAAAAAAGGACAACAACAACAACAACAAGAAAAAAAAAAACAGGAAGCAGAGGCCUCCAUUUUCUCAAUAAUCCUUAAAUGACUGAAAAGUGAAAACUUUUUUUUUCCCUUUUUAAUCCUCUGAUUUUUCCCAUCUGCGUCAAAGUAAAAGGCAUGUGAAUCCUUCAAUCACAGAAGAGAGAGGAGCUCUACACCCACUGGAACGGGGGUUUUGAGAUGUUGAAGUGUGUCAGCCUGGAGAAUUUUGGAUUACUUAAUUGCUGUUAUCGUGAUGAGGAGGGCCUUUGAAAUGAGAUUCAGGUAAGCCCAAAGACUUAUCUGCCACUGAAGAUCUCUCUCAGCACUCUGCACUCCUUCAUCUUCAUACUUCAGACUCCAUCUUCAGCAGGACUUCUCUCAUUCAGUAUCAGUUCUGUAGGGCUGUGCCUACCUACAGUCCUGCUACUGUAAGGACUGCCAAAUUUAAGCUUGAGAUAAAAAGAAAACAGGCACACCAAGAAUACCACACUACUUGGAACAGAUGGCUGCAAAGUCAACAGGUCCCCUCAACGUCCCAGACCAUGGAGUAGGGGCAGGAACAGGCUCUGCUCCUCUUGGGAAGACCUCUGUAGUAGGACUGCCUGUGCUGGGCGCCCCCAUGGCUGGUUGCUGCGGGUGGGUUGGAUCCAGCUGGGCUGCUGGACAAGGUAAGAGCAGAGGUCCACUGCUGCCUGUGGGAGGGGAGCACGCUAGACAAGAGGGUAGGUGGAAGGGGGAAAAACAGUGUUUUCCAUGCCUUCAGAGGGAGCAGUAUGGAUUUAGAAAGGCUGCAGCUUUGUUGGUUUUAGUUGUUUGGAGAUUUUUUUUCUGGUGUGUGUAUGCAAUGCCAUGGGCUCUUGCUGACUGCUAAUCUCUCAAUUAGUUGCACUGAAUGUCUUAGUUUCAGAGCUAACUCCCUGCUGGUAUAAAUAAAGUCACUGUCACCCAUCUGAUUCCCCACACAGUUGCACAAGUCUAACUCUGUGGACUCCAGUAGUAUUACUUCUGAUUAAAAACAGCAAAAACUGUGUUGUUGGUAACUGGGCUCCCAGCACAAAAAUGUGGAGUCUUGCUGGAUUGUACAAGGGUCCACUUCACACUGUUCCACAAGACUUUCUUAAGUUUUGCAGGGUAAGAACAGUCCAGACUGGAGCUGAGCUCAUCUGCACUAUUCAAAUGACUUCCUCUGCUUGCGGAAAGGUGGCUAAGAUGUACAUGUACUUUUCCGGUGCAGGUUCUAGGUUAGCCUCAAUUUGUCAGGUUUUUAAUUAUAGUAACCGUAUUGCAUGCAGGGAAAUGCUGGUUACUUCAUGCCAGUGUCAGAACAAGUACUGUCACUGCCCUCUGCCAUCACAGGGAGGAUGGGUAUUUUGCUGAUUGGUAUCAUUCAUCCCUUCCAGCAAAUGUGAGUUGCUGUAGAGGUUGCGUAAAGCAGCUCCCAGAUAUGUGUGAAAGCAUUCUUGACUCUUUGCCUGGAGCCCACCAGUUCCUUUUGAAGAUGAAGAUACAAGUGACGAAGGCAAUCCAUCUCUAAGUGAACAAAGGUCGUGUGAAAGUAUGAACCUACUUGUGUUUUGCAAAGGCCCUACACUGACUGGUAAAUGAGAGAAGCUUCCUCUGGAGCAGC